ACCUUUUUUAUUUAUAAUAACAUGUCUAUAAGAGUUUUUAGAAUUAAAAAUUAUCGUUAAUUUUAUUAAAUCAAAAUGGAUGUUGACUUAAGAAUACUUUCUGUUGAAGAAAAAUUACGAAAACUUGAUUCUGAAUUAAAGACAUUCGGUUCUAAUAUUGCUUUGGGUAACAGACGCAAUCUGCUUCGUACAGGUUAUAGAAAGUUUCCAUUAGAGAGAGAAGGGAACAAAAUUAAUUUUUAUGAUGGUAAUAAAAACGAAACUCUACCCGCUAUACGUUCUCAGGUCACCGUACUUGCAAAGCCGGCAAUUCAUGAAUCUCGCCUUUCUUUGCUUAAAGAUAAAAACCUUUUUAUAAACGAUUCUCGGGAGGCUCGACAUAGAGCUGAGGAACUAACCGAUGGUCGCCGGAGACCGAUAAUGGUUGAGGAAUUUAGGUUUGAAAGACCUAGAAGAUAUAGAAUUGAAGUAUAUAAUAGUCCUCCCGGUGGGAGAUAUAGAAGCCUUGAUAAGCGCGAUCAUGGGCCUUAUAAUGAGGGAAGAGAACUUCCUCAUUACAAUAGCCGCCCUAGAAGAAGUGAAAGUUUGAGUCAGCACGACGACCGUUUUAAAUAUAUGAAAAGACGAAGGGAAGAACGACAUUUUGAUAGAGAACACGAUUACAAAACCAGGGGAGAAACAAAAAAGAUAAAAUCGGAGAAGUCCGAAACCUCUAGUGAAGAUGAAGAACAGCACUUUAAAGAGGACGCUGAACGGAAAGAUUCGGGUUUAGAUGAUUCGAGCGUUAAACUUAAUACCAAGAAACCUACUAAAGUUGAAACUAUAAGAGAUCGACGUAUGUUUGGGCUGUUAAUGGGAACUUUGCAAAGCUUUAAGAAUGAGACUGAACAAAAAACGGAAAAGGAGAAGAAGCGUGAGAAUCUUUUGAAGAAAAUUGCUGAGGAUGAACAGAAAGAAAAAGAAGAAGCAAAGAAAAAGAGGAUAGAGCUUCACCGGCAGCGCCGAAUUCUUCUUAGCCAAAUUCGGAUUCUGAAUCGCCGAAAGAACAUGACAGUUCUUCGAGAGUCUAAAAAGUACCACUACCGAACAAUUUCACUCUUUAUUGAGCUAAAAAGCGAUCCAAAGAUUUUUUUCCUUCCUGCUAAACACAACGAUCAGACUAAGGCAGCUCUCGAAAGAACCAAGCAGCUCUACGAAGAAAAAUGCAAGCAGCUGGAUCUCGAGGCUCAAGACGAGGCGAGCCUCGCCGUGGGAGAUGACGAGGUAGAGGUAGAGGUAGAGGCCGAAGCAGAGGCAAAGACAGAGGUAGAGGCGGAUGAGAAAAUUUCGAAUGACGACAACCAUGUCGUCGAGGAAAAAAACGUAGAAGACGAUUUCAGCCACGAUGAGCGCAGUGACCACGACGACACCGCCAUUUAAAUAAAAAUCUAAUUGACUUA